AAAGGUGGAAGCUAUAUAACACAGGAGAGAUGCAGGGACUGAAUCAAUUACUGGUCCACCGUGCUGCAGACUCUAACAGACCAUAAUAGACAGAAAAGUGAAAGACAGACGUGAAGAUAACGGAGAGACAGAAACUCAGAACAGAGCUUGUUUACAGAGAACAAAAACAGAACAGAGCAACAGAGAGAGACGCUCAGGUAUCAAAUAUGCGGGCGCUGGUGUUUUUGCCUUUGCUCUUGUGUGCAGUGGUGAGUGUGCAGCAGGUGAGAGCAGAGGUGAAGGCAGUGAAGCUGUGCGGCCGAGAGUUCCUGAGGGCUGUGGUCUACACGUGUGGAGGCUCUCGCUGGAGGAGAUUCUUCACAGAGUCAGACAUGGAGGCUUUGCCAGCAGGGGAACACAGCAGUUUGGAGAACCUCAGCAGCAGCAGUGGAGUGAGCAGCAGCAGCAGCAGCAGCAGCAGCAGCAACAACUCAGGAUCUGAGCUGACCAGACGAGACAUUAAUAACAUACUGACCACCGUGUGCUGCCAGGUGGGCUGCCGGAAGAGUGACCUCACCUUCCUCUGCUGAGGAGGAAUUCUUCUUCUUCUCUCAUUCUCCAAAAUGACUGGUUUUCUCCCGCCUGCCUUUCAAUCCUGAAUCACAACUUUGGUGUUUUGAAAAACAAAAUGGUCACUAAAUUGUAUCUACAGUAAUGCUUAUAACCACAACCUCGUGUUCGUUUUUUGUUUUUUUUUAUUGCUUUUGAUAUUUUGGGGGAUCUUGAUUUAUUACUUAAUGCAGAGCAGUUAACCACGCAACAACAUAUUCAGCUGAAGCAAAUGUGCUGGCCACCACUUCAGUACAUUUGCUUCAGCUGAAUAUUAAA